AUGAAAGUCGAGGCUCUUUCGGCACCAUUAGUAGCUGAAGACGUGGUGGAUGUGACGCUUGAGGUAGUCGGCAAUUUCGGUAAUAGAGGACUUUCUGCCAUUGUUGUUACAGGAGACAGUCCACAAGUGAUUCUGAAAGGAUCUCAUAACCCUGUGCGUAUACAUCCAUUCAUUGGAACGCCAUGCUGGGGAUUCACUUUAUUUAACACCGAAUCUGUGGAAAAUGGAUUUGCUUACGUGGAUGACCAGAGCAUUCUACGUAUUGCGACCCUGUCAGAUACCAUUGAUUAUGAAAAUGCAUGGCCUGUUCAACGAGUUCUUCUUGGUCAAAGUGUGACUAAUCUGUGUUACCACUCAACAGCUCAAGUUUACGUAGUAUCCACUUGUAAACCCAUUCCAUACAAUGCACUAGAUGCCGACGAUGUACCACUCCAAGGUCUAGUUGAGGGCUUCCCUGCUGCAAAAUCAUUCCAAAGCAGUGUUAAAAUGGUGUCACCACUGACAUGGACUGUGAUUGACGAGUUUGAUCUGGCAGAAAACGAGGUGAUCCUGGCUAUGAAAGCUGUUAAAUUAGAAGUUUCUGAGAGACAAAAACUGAGUAAAGAGUAUAUUGCAUUUGGAACUUCAUUUUUGAGAGGAGAGGAUCUUGCUGCCAAGGGUGUAUUUUAUGUUUAUGAUUGUAUCGACGUUGUUCCAGAACCAGGUCGACCCGAGACAAAUCACAAAUUGAAAGAAGUUGGCAACGAAGCCACAAAAGGAGCCGUGACGGCUGUGUGUGAAGUGAAUGGACAUCUGUUGGUAUCACAAGGACAGAAAGUGGUGGUCCGAAACAUCCAAGAAGACAAGUCUAUUAUUCCAGUAGCAUUCAUGGAUCUGGGAAUCUACGUUUCUUCCGUAGCCAAGGUGAAAAACCUGCUUCUGUUGACGGAUGCGAUGCGAAACACCAUCAUCGCCGGCUUUGGACAAGAACCAUAUCGUAUGUCGACCAUCAGUAAAGACUUCCGCCAGCUGGAAGCCACCAGCUCGGAGUUUAUCUACAGCAAUGGUUCACUAUACGCGAUUGUCGCUGACCGGGACAGAAGACUGCACCUGUUGCAAUACGAUCCCGACGACCCCAGCUCGCUCUCUGGCCAAAAACUGAUUCGACGGUCCGAGUUCUUCACCGGCAAGCACUUCUCGUCCAUGGUAUCAGCACCUAUCAACGACGUUCGCAAAGACGUGACAUUAGUGCCACUCUGUGCUGCUGACGACGGAACAAUCGCGACAGUUCUGCCGUUAUCUGAAGCGUCGUACCGAGCUCUGUACGUGAUCCAGCAGCAAAUCAUCGACAAAGACGACCAUACGGCCUGUCUGAACCCGCGAAUGCACCGAGCUCACGGCAGCGAGCUGGUCACCAACCUCCAAAUGACCUCCUCCGGCCGCUCGCUCCUCGACUACGACGUCAUCAGCCGCUAUAUCAAACUCCCCCUCGACCGCCGCCAACAGUACGCGCGAAAAGUCGGCCGCAACGGCACCCUCGAGGUCGUGACCAACGUCACCGUCAUCGAAAACUGUUUAAACUAUAUUUAA